AUGGGCUCGUUGUCUUCUGAUCUGGGAGUGGAACAUUCAAGUUUGGAGGAUCAAUAUGAUUUCAUGGACUUCUUUGAAGAAGAUUUGGCCGCUCUUCUUGGAGAGGACUCACUCGACGUUUUGUUCCCAGAAAGUAAUUUUUCUUCUUCAUUUGUUAUUUCCAGAAGCAGCUCGACCCACAAUUUACGCCCUACCUCAUGCAUAGUGCCAAAUGAAAUGGCCAUCGAACCACCAUCCAAACAGAGAAAGCUUAACAAUCAUAACUCUUCCAUGCCUAAUUUUGACCCCACUUCUUUCACUCCGAUUAUUCUCAAUUUUAGCAAUGUGAUUUCUCCUCAAAAUCCUCAUCAAGUGUAUCUAAGGUCUUCAAAUCAAGAAGAAAAGACAGCAGUUUCUGAAGAUAUAAGAAAUCCAGUAGAGGUUACAAAAACCGUGCAAAAAACUAAGAAAACUAGUCGUGUUUGGCCGCCGUCUCAGACGAAUGAUCAUAUAAUAGCAGAAAGAAAGCGGCGUGAGCUUCUCAGCAGGCUAUUUGCUGCUCUUGCAGCCAUAGUUCCUGGCCUCAAGAAGAUGAAUAAAACUUCUAUACUUGGAGAUGCUAUCAAGUACUUGAAACACCUUCAAGAGCGCGUGAAUGCUCUCGAGGAACAAGUAAAGAAACAACACCUAGAAUCUGUGGAUCUCGUCAAGAGAUCGCAACUUUUAGUUGAAGAUGAGGGAUCUUACGAGAAGAACAGCUCCCACGAGCAGCCAUUGCCGGAAAUAGAAGCUAGAGUGUGCAACAACCACAUUCAUCUCAGGAUCCACAUUAAGAAGCACAAAGGUUUUCUUUCGAGAUUACUAAGUGAAGUAGAAAUGCUCGAACUCAAUAUAGUCAGUACUAAUGUCACACCAUUCGGAAGUUUUGCCCUUGACAUUACCAUUAUUGCAGAGAUAGAUAAAGAAUCGAAGCUGUCUCUGAAAGAAAUUGUACGAACUCUUGGUUCAGCCCUUCGGCAUACACCAUAG